GCACUGCACCGUUCACAAUGAAAGUCCCCCUCAAGAGACAAUUCAAGAUGAGCCUGCUGGAUGUCACCAAGAUUUUCUCCCUGCUCCAGCCCAGCGAAGACGAAGACGGGGAAGGAGAAAGACAAGAGCUGAGUCUCGCCGUGUCCCAGGACAGCUACCAGCUGUUGGACCAGCUGUUGCACCAAGAGAGGUACAAACGGGUCAUCAACAGCCGGAGUGGCUGGGGGGUGCCUGGCACUCCCCUGCGCUUGGCAGCCUCCAAGGGCCACGUGAGGUGUGUUGAGGUGCUGCUGGCCCACGGAGCUGAGGUGGACAGCUUGGAUGUCAAGGCCCAGACGCCACUGUUCAUUGCCGUCAACAAUGGGCACCUUGGCUGUGUGAAGGCCCUCUUGGCUGCGGGAGCCAGUCCUUCCGGGAGCAUCCACAACAACUGCACUCCGCUGCUCACAGCCGCACGGGAGGGAGCCCUCGAAAUCCUGCAGGUGCUCUUGUCGCACGGGGCAGAGCCUGACGUCAAAGCCAGAGUCCCAGAGUGGGCAGCCAACUCGGUGGCCUGCUGUGGACCUCUGUAUUUGUCUGCUGUCUACGGACAUCUGGAGUGCUUCAAGACCCUCCUGCAGUACGGGGCUGAGCCCAACUACAACUGCCGGGACAGGAACAUGGUCUCCCGAAUUAAGCACCCGAAGACUCUCCUGGAGGUCUGCUUGAAGCACGGCUGCAGGGCAGAGUUCGUCAAGCUCCUCAUUGAUUUUGGGGCCAGUGUCUACUUGCCUGGCAUCACGCUGGAUAAGAGCUCGGCAAAUCCUGAAGUGCUUGAGCUGUUGGCCAGAGAAAGAGCGUUCCCCAAGCCCUUGAUGUCCCAAUGCCGACUGGCAAUCAGGAGGUUUAUGAAACUGGAACACCAUCCCAGUGCUGUGGAUCAGCUGGACAUCCCACUGGUGCUGCUCAACUACCUCAAACACCAAUUGUAACAGAAGAUCAACGCUGAA